AUGGCAUUUUCUAAUGUUUACACACACCGCAAGGUGGCGGAGACGAGCGCCAAGCCGUGCGACAUAUGUUUUAAGCCGAGCACGAGCGUCCUGAUUACGGUCGGGAACAAGGAUUGGUUCUACGUUUGCCCGAGCCACCUCAAGGAUGCCGGCUUCUGCACCCCGAAAAUCGACCCGGCCGCGGCCGAAGCACGGAGGAAGCGGGAACUCGAGGACGAGAUUGAGCGUGUGAAGAAGGAAUACGAGGAAAAGAGGAAAAAGAAGGAGAAGGAGGACCAGGACAAGAAGACGGACGACAAGAGCGCGGACAACAAGGACAAGGACAAGGACAAGGACAAGGACAAGGAAAAUGACGGCAAGGCCGAUGACGGCAAGAAGGAAGACGAGCUUGGCAACGAGAGCACAGACAAAGCGGUAUCGCCAACAUCACCGACAUCACCGACGGCUGAAGAAGACGAACCACGCGUGUUCGAGCUCAAGAGCACCUUUUACCAGCAGCGACUCCAAAAGAAGCGACAAAUUGAGAUUGCCAAGCGCAACCGCGAGAGGCUGCAGGACCCAACAUUCUUCCCAUCCGUCCCCAAAGAUCUGCCCUGA